UUGUUGGCCUGGCAUAUGAGUUAUGACAAUAUUUUGUUAUUUUUUAUUAAAGGUUUUUAUAAUAAAAGUGUUUUACAAAUAUGAUUUAAAACAUUGAUAUGUCGAUUCUACGCAACACAGUAAAUAAAUCAUGCCUCCACGGGACGAAAACAGUGAUUGCUUGGAGGAGAAAGUGUCAUAUGAAAUCGGAGAGUUGCCUUCAAUGAUGUGGAAGAGGUCGAUUGUGCAAGCGAAGGCUGGACACACAGGCGCCGCAGCUAUCCUGACACUUGCGCUCGUCGUAAUUAUUGCGUUGUGCAGCGCGCGCGCGUGCUCGGCGGCGGACCUGGUGAUCGAGAUCCCGGGCUGGGGCGCGGCGGGCGCGGAGGGCGCGCACUACCGCCUGGACUACCGCCCGCCGCAGGGCUCGCCCGCGCCCAACUACACCGUGCCCGCGCGCGCCUCCACCAUCAACUUCCAGGGUCUGCCCGGCACCAAGUACCACUUCAUGCUCUACUACUCCAACGCGACCUUCGCAGACCUGCUCACAUGGAACCAGACUAUCAUAACCGCGCCGGAGCCGCCCACGAACCUGACGGUGACGCUGGGCCGCAACAAGCAGGCCGCCAUCUCGUGGUCGCCGCCCGCGCACGGCGACUACUCGGGCUUCCGCUUCAAGGUGAUCCCGCUGUGGGAGCGCGCGGAGGGCGGCGCGCGCAACAUCUCGGUGGAGGGCGCCGGCAACUGGUCGCACGUGCUGCGCGACCUGUCGCCCGGCGCCACCUACCAGCUGCACGCCUUCACGCUGCUGCACGACAAGGAGAGCGCCGCCUACGCCUCCUUCAACUUCACCACAAAGCCGAACACCCCGGGCAAGUUCAUAGUCUGGUUCCGCAACGAGACGACGCUGCUGGUGCUCUGGCAGCCGCCCUACCCGCCCGGCGCCUACACGCACUACAAGGUGUCCAUCGAGCCGAAGGACGCGCGCGAGUCGGAGCUGUACGUGGAGAAGGAGGGCGAGCCGCCCGGGCCCGCGCAGGCCGCCUUCAAGGGGCUGGUGCCCGGCCGCGCCUACGACAUCUCCGUGCAGACCGUGUCGGACGACCAGCUGUCGGCGCCCACCACGGCGCAGUACCGCACCGUGCCGCUGCGGCCGCGCAACGUGUCCGUGCCGGCGCGCUCGCUGGCCGAGACGGCCUUCCGCGUCACGUGGCUGCCGCCCGCCGAGCUCAGCGAGUUCGAGAAGUACCAGGUGUCCGUGUCGGCGGGCGGCGCGGGCGGCCGGCGCCUGCCGCCGCAGCUGCGCGCGCGCGAGGAGCCGCCCGCCUGCGCCUUCGACGGGCUGGAGCCCGGCGCGCACUACACCGUCACCGUCAAGACCAUGUCCGGCAAGGUCACGUCGUGGCCCGCCACCGCCGACCUCACGCUCAAGCCGCUGCCGGUGCGAGAUCUGCAGGGCCGCUCCGUGGAGACGGACGAGGGAGGCGGCGUGUUUCUGUGGUGGAAGCCGGCCGACGGUAGCACUCAGGACGAGUACAAGGUGUCGUACCACGAGACGGGCCCCUCGCGAGACGACAGCAACACGCUGACCACGACGAACACCAACGUGACGCUGGAAGCGCUGCUGCCGGGCCGCAACUACACCGUCACCGUGGCGGCCGUGUCGCGCGGGGUGGAGUCCAACGACAGCGUGUUCCAGGCCGCCACCAGGCCGCUGGCGCCCGCGCUGCGCUCCGCCACCGCCGAGCAGCGCGCGCUGCUGCUCGCCUGGAGCUCCGACGUCAACUCGCGCCAGGACCGCUACGAGCUGCGCUACCGGCGCCGCGACGGAGACGCUCCCUACGCCACGCUGAUGACCGCCGACACGAACGCGACGCUCGAGGACCUGUACCCGGGCGCCGUGUACGAGAUCCAGCUGGUCGCCAUCAGCCACGGCCUGCGCAGCGAGCGGCACACCGUGCUGAAGCCAGUCCGUCCGCUGCCGGCCGAGUGGCUGUCCGUGGAGCGCGCCACGUCCAACUCCGUGGCCGUCCGCUGGCGCGGGCCGCGCGCGGGCGCGGUGGGCGCCUUCGUGCUGCGCUACCGCACCGCCGCCGCCGCCUGGCGCCGCCUCGAGCCGCUGCCGCCCGCCGCCGACGUCGCCGAGAUCACCAACAUGACGCACGGCGAGCGCUACGAGAUCCAGCUGGACACGGCCAGCGAGGACGCCGCCGGCGAGACCGUGGACAGCGGGCAGCCGCUGACCGCCGAGCACACCGUCCGUCCCAACCCGGUGUCCAACGUGGCGCAGCUGGCCGACACGCGCAACGUGACGCUGGAGUGGCCGCGGCCGGCGGGUCGCGUGGAGUGGUACGAGGUGCGCUGGUGGGCCAGCGAGCAGGCGGGCGGCGCGGCGGGCGCGGCGGGCGUGGCGGGCGGCGCUCGCAACGUGAGCGCGGAGGGCGGGUCGCGCACCGUGCGCGCGCUGCUGGGCGAGCUGGCGCCGGGCCGCGGGUACUCCGUGUCCAUCACGGCGCACUCGCACGAGCUGGCCAGCGACAUCUUCACCAUGCACACGCGGACACGGCCUUUAAUCCAGUCCGAGAUGACGAUCGUGAACGAGUCCGGCGACGGAGACGACAACGACACGCUGCCGGCUAUCUUGGUCAUCUACACACCCACGCCCUCCUCCGCCAGUAAGUUCGACGCCUACCGCUUCCGCCUGGAGGGGGGGGACGCGCCCGCGCGCUGGCAGGAGCGGCCCGCCACCCCCCCCGACACCGCCGACGACGACGCCGCGGGCCAGCAGCAGGUCGCCUUCCGCUCGCUCACGCCGGGCCGCCUGUACAACCUCACCAUGUGGACCGUCUCCCGCAACGUCACCUCGCACCCCGUGCAGCGCCAGGCGCGACUCUACCCGCGCCCCAUCACGGAGCUCAACGCCACGGCGGUCGGCGCGCGGGAGAUCUCGCUCGCGUGGCCGCGGCCCGCCGGGGACUUCACGGACUUCGAGGUGCAGUACCUGGUGGACGAGGACCGCCUCGAGACGCGCACCACCGACCGCCUGGCGCUCACGCUGACCGACCUGCACCCCUACACGCUCUACGUGUUCACCGUGGUGGUGCAGGCGGGCACGCCGGCCACCAUCCUGACGCGCUCGCGCGCGCGGUCCGGCAGCUUCCGCACGCUGGAGGCGCCGCCCGCCGCGCCGUCGCGCUUCCAGCUGAUCGACGCCACGCCCACCGAGCUGGCGUUCGAGUGGGCGCUGCCGGCGCGCGACGCGCACGGCGUGCUGACGCGGUUCCGCAUCUACGUGGCGCCGGCGGGCGACCCGGGCGCCGUGCGCUGGACGGAGUUCCCGGGCUCGGCGCGCGCGGGCCGCGUGGGCGGGCUGGCGGCGGGCGGCGACUACGAGCUGUGGCUGCGCGCCGCCACCGCGGCCGGCGAGGGCGCGGCGGCGCGCGCGCGCCAGCGGAUGGCCAUCGCCGCGCCGCCGCGCCCCACGGCGCAGCCGGCCGAGGUGCGCCGCUCGUCGUCCACCGUGGCCGUGAGCUUCGGCGCCGACUACUUCUCGCCCGCCAACGGCAACGUCACGGCCUACACGCUGGUGCUGGCCGAGGAGCCGCGCGCGGACACGCCGGCGCGCCUGCCGUCGUGGCGCGACGUGCACCGCCUGCCCGUGUGGCCGCCCUACCAGGUGACGGAGCCGUACUACCCGUUCCACUCGUCGGCCGUGGAGGAGUUCACGAUCGGCUCGGAGCGCUGCGAGGGCGGCGGCCGCUCGUACUGCAACGGGCCGCUGAAGCCCGGCUCGCGCUACUACGUCAAGCUGCGCGCCUUCACGGCGCCCGACAAGUUCACGGACACGGCCUACACCGUCGUGUACACGGAGGCCGACAACACGGGCUGGAUCGCGGGCGGCGCGGUGUGCGGCGCGCUGGCGGCGGCGCUGCUGGCGGGCGCGCUGCUGCUGCGCCGCCGCCGCGCGCGCGCCGCGCCCGCCGCGCCCGCGCCGCAGCCCGCCGCGCGCCCCGUGCGCGUCGCCGACUUCGCCGACCACUACCGCCUCAUGUCGGCCGACUCCGACUUCAGGUUCAGCGAGGAGUUCGAGGAGCUGAAGCACGUCGGGCGCGAGCAGCCGUGCACGGCGGCCGACCUGCCCUGCAACCGCCCGAAGAACCGCUUCACCAACAUCCUGCCGUACGACCACUCGCGCUACAAGCUGCAGCCGGUGGACGACGAAGAGGGCUCCGACUACAUCAACGCCAACUACGUGCCCGGGCACAACUCCCCGCGCGAGUUCAUCGUCACGCAGGGCCCGCUGCACUGCACGCGCGACGACUUCUGGCGCAUGUGCUGGGAGUCGGGCUCGCGCGCCAUCGUGAUGCUGACGCGCUGCGUGGAGAAGGGCCGCGAGAAGUGCGACCGCUACUGGCCCUACGACACGCGGCCCGUGUACUACGGCGACAUCGCCGUGACGGCGCUCAACGAGAGCCGCUACCCCGACUGGACCGUGACGGAGCUGGCCGUGUGCCGCGGCGCCGAGCAGCGCGUGCUGCGCCACUUCCACUUCACCACGUGGCCCGACUUCGGCGUGCCCGACCCGCCCACGGCGCUGGCGCGCUUCGUGCGCGCCUUCCGCGAGCGCUGCCCGCCCGACACGCGGCCCGUCAUCGUGCACUGCAGCGCCGGCGUGGGCCGCUCGGGCACCUUCAUCACGCUGGACCGCGCGCUGCAGCAGCUGGACGCGCACGCCGAGUGCCUGGACAUCUUCGGCAUGGUGCACGCCAUGCGGCGCGAGCGCGUGUGGAUGGUGCAGACGGAGCAGCAGUACAUCUGCAUCCACCAGUGCGUGGUGGCGGCGCUGGAGGGCGCGGACCUGGCGCCGCCGCCGCCCAACAACCACCACCACAACGCCGCCUUCGAAGACGACGAGGGAAUCGCCGAGUCGGGCAUGUGACGUCGGCCGUAGCCUGCGCCCCGACGCCGUCCCGCCGCCGUCUCGCUGCCGUCCCGCCGUGUCCCGCCGUGUCCCGCCGUGUCCCGCAGCCGAUGUCCCGCACAAGUAUCGCAUUCCGAACGAACCGUGCUCCUUAUUUGUACUUAAAGCUGUCCUCGGACGGCUGUGAGUUGUUUCUGUACUAUAGUGUUAAGUUUUUUUAUUAAUAUUCUUUUUGUAAAAAUGUACAUUGAGAAAAGUGGACCAAUCGUGUAUAUAGAUUGAGUUAGAUGUAAUUUUGUAUAUACGACGGCUUACGGCGUGCGCCGAGUUGUGUACGAUCGUCAUACAUUGUAAAAGUAGACAUUGUAACGAAUGGAUAAAAAGACAAUAAGAUUUAUUUAUGUAUACGCAGAGCAUAUUUUAAAUUAAGAGUACUUACUGCACAAUGGCCGUUAGGAAUAGUCUCCUCAGUCUAUUAGUCAGCAAUUCGGACGCGAUCGUUUAACUGCCUCCACAAGCACUGGAAGCGCUUGUCUAUGUUCGUGCGUAACUUGAGAGGAGGAAUAUAAGAUUUCUUUUACAUUAGUAAUCGUGGAUGAAUCCUGCUGGACGCCCGCCGUAAUGCCUACAUUUUAUUUACCAUAUACUUAUGGCAGUAUAUACUUAUUUUUAUAAAGAUAUGAUUUUAAGCAAUGACUACUUGAAUCUCAAAGUGUACUUAAUUAAAUAUCAGAUUACGGACUCGCACCCGAAGUUUAUAUCAUUUUAAUAGAUGUUUAAAACGUCAUAACAAUUGUAUUAUGUAUUUACUACUCAGACCAAUAGAAAAAGGGAGACACGUGCAGGAGAGCCGCGCUAACGACUUACGUUACACAAACGCCAUGAAGUGAAGCGAUUUUACGAAUAAUAAUUCUAAAAUGGCGCAUCCUAAUAUUAAUUUAACCACAACCCGCUUCUCGGUGUAUUUUUAUUAUAUAGAUAUAUUGGCCACUACGCUGCGUACAGUACGAGAGCUUUUGUGUUUUAGAAUGUGUAGCAUAUCUUUUUUUUUUUAAAUUAAGCAAAAUAAUUUUGUGAAAUGUACUCUCAAUUUAUUGUAACAUCUGUAGAUGUCCUGUUAUAAAUACGGCUUUCUUUACCCGGCUUCAGGAUUUUACCUUUUACUGUUGAUCUGGGAAAUACUGCUCGUUUAUAUUUAUCAUAUUGUAUAUGGACUAAAAUUAAUCAAAAUGUACACAUAGGUUAUAUAACAGUCUUCUUGUCACUCGACGAGUCGACGCUUACUAUGUCUUAACUUGCGUAGUGUUACUAUAUAUGUAAAUGGCAGCUUAUGAUUACCAUAAUAUAAGAAAAGGGCUACAUAUAUGAUACAAUUUAUACCAUAUACAAAUACCAUUUUUGAGCAUUUCACAUUUCUAAGCUAAAAAUGUUUAUAUAAAAAAUAAGAAAGUUUAGCUUAACAUCAAUUCUCAUUUACUUUAAUCUUAUCACAUGAAACUAAAAACUUUCAAUAACUAAUAUUUUAUACAAUUGACCUUUACUUUUAUUUCUAACAAUGAACUUAUCUCGUCCCUCGUAUGUAUUACCGUAUAUAAAAUAUUAAUUUAAAUGAAAAUAUACAAAAUGUAAACGUAAACUUUGAAAUGCUGCUUUCAACUUACUGACACUAAUUUAUGUGUGUGAAUUCGUGCUUCGUGAUACCAUUAUAAUCACUUUAGUUCGCGAAAAAUUCUGGUCUACGUUUGCAUUAUUUUUUAUUGUUUACGUUGUUUGUGUGUAUGAAUUAAUUUAAAUUAAGUCUUUAAAUUUACUGUAAAUUGAAAUUAACUAUAUUUUGAUAAGUUAAUGCAACAUAAUAUCCGAAAUUUAAAGACAAGGUAAAUCCAAUUGAAAAUUGGAAAAUAUUUCGCAUUGAAAAUGCUAGAAGUGUGAUAACACUGACAUGGUAUCUACUUAAGAAUUAUUAAAAAAUACACAUAUUUUCACAA